AUGGCUACAGCAGUCUUGUGUUGUUUACUGGCGCAUCCGGGAGAGAUGGCAGUGCCAACAUGUCUUGACCCUGUCAACAGCACCGACACAGCGUGUCCUGCUGCGUCACGAUGCUGGGAAGGAGAUCGACCUGAUGUGAACGUUGAAUGGUCGCUUUACAAUCAAUGUGAGAGAUGCGUGUUUGCUCAACAGAAGUCUGUUGUUGUACAAGAUGGCCAGAGAGUAAGAUUUGUGACUGAUGGUUCAUUUCAGAUCAAUCGCAAUCUGGAGAUCUGGAAACUGUUUUUUGAAUUCGAGCUUGAAGCUUGUUUUUUCGAAGGAGCAACUUUGGUAGGGAGGUUGGCUCCACGUCCUGAUGAGAUUCCAUUGCCGCCCCCUCCCACUGGACAUUCCUAUUCUCUUAAUGUGACGUCAUUUUUGACAGUCGGUGCUAACCAUUUUAUUUCACUCAAUAGAGAGUUGGAUGAGGGACCACCAGGAAGCAUAUCAAACUGUGAGCAAGGUGCAAGGUUGACUGUUCAUGUCGGAGAGUUUCUUUGUGGUAAUAAUAGCGAGGCACCUUGCAACGAUCGAGGGCCGUGUGUGUUUCGACGGUCUUCAUCACAGUUUGUUUGUCAGUGUCCGGGUGGGUACACUGGAUCGGAGUGCGAAGAAAUUGAUGAGUGUUUUAAUAACACGGCAUGUGGAGAUCCAUUAGUUGAGGGUGUCUGUGUUGACACAGCAUGUAACUUUUCAUGUGAUUGUUUUGGAGCCAGAGAAAACCCUAGUGGUCAAGCAUGUGAUGUUGUACAAGAAGAUUGUAGCAUGAACCCUUGUCUCAAUGGUGGGACUUGCUCUUUUAUUGAGGGGCUAAUAUGUGAUUGUCUACCUGGAUUUGAUCGUAACAAUUUCUGUGCUAAUAUUGAUGAAUGUGCUUCAAAUCCAUGCGUAAAUGGAGGAACCUGUGUAGAUCAGAUUGACAGUUAUGUGUGUAGGUGUCAUGACGGAUACACAGGAGUACACUGUGAAACUAACGAAAACGAGUGCACACCCAGGUUUCGUCCGAAUCCUUGCUUACAUGGAGGAUUAUGCACUGAUGGUGUUAAUGAUGUUUCAUGUUUCUGUGUUUCUCCUUGGACGGGGAAAUUUUGUCAGAUUCAUGAGAACGACUGUUUCUUUGCUUCGUGCGUAAAUGGUGGUACGUGUGUGGAUGGUAAUAUGACGCAUUCUUGUGUUUGUGCAGACGGAUAUAGUGGGAUGUCGUGUGAGUCAGAGAUUAACGAAUGUGAUUCCUUGCCUUGCCAAAAUGGUGGAAGCUGCAGCGAUCUUGUGAAUGGUUUUGUUUGUAGUUGUCUGUUUGGCUAUACUGGUAGGCUGUGUGAAAUCGAUGGCAGUGCAUGUUUUGAUCCAGUUAACAGAACAGAUACAACGUGUCCAGACAUGUCUCAAUGUUGGGAAGGCACUCACUCCAAUGUGACUGUAGUAUGGUCUCUUUAUGAUCAAUGCAAAGACUGUUUUUUUGCUCAGCAGACACCGUUAAUUAUUGCAGAAGGUGACAGAGUAGUGUUUGUGACUGACGGCUCUUUCCAGAGCAAUCGAAAUCUUGAAAUCUGGCACGUCAACUUUGACUUCGACUUUCACGAUUGUUUCUUUGAAGAAGCAGAACAUGUAGGGAACAUUGCUCCUCGACCUGAUGGCAGUCGGCCACCUCCACCUCCCUUUGAUCAUGUUUACUCUCUUGAUGUCACAUCAUUGUUGCGGCCCGGUUUUAACUACUUCAUUGAUUUUGAAUCGGAAAUUGGAGGUGAAGUUUCAAACUGCCAACAAGGUUCUCGUCUGGUUAUUCAUGUCGGUGAGAUUCGUUGUGGUGAUACAUCCAGCUCCGUUUGCAACAACAGAGGUCCUUGUGUGUUUAAUGCUUUAUCUUCAAGCUUUAUGUGUCAAUGUCUCGGUGGAUAUUUGGGACCGGAAUGUGAAGAAAUUGAUGAAUGCUUUACUAACACAGCAUGUGGAGAUCCGUUGGUGGAAGGCGUAUGUGUUGAUACAAUCUGUGAUUUUACAUGCCACUGCUUUGGAGGAAGAACAAACUUUGAGAACAAUCAGGCAUGUGACGUGGUACCAACAGACUGCAGCAGUAAUCCUUGUCUUAAUGGAGGGAAUUGCUCAUUUACAGAGGGGAUCGUAUGUGACUGUCCACCCGGAUUUGAUCGUAACAAUUUUUGUGCAAACAUUAAUGAAUGUGCUUCAAAUCCAUGCAGAAAUGGUGGAACGUGUGUAGAUCAAAUUAACAGGCAUGAAUGUAGGUGUCAUGCUGGAUUCACAGGAGUCAACUGUGACAGUGAUAUAGAUGAGUGUUCAUUGCCAAAUCAUCCAAAUCCGUGUUUACAAGGAAUCUGCACUGAUGGCAUUAAUGACCUUUCCUGUUCUUGUUUCGAUAUGUGGACAGGGAAGUUUUGUCAGAUUCAUGAGAAUGACUGUCUUAGUGCUCAAUGCGUAAACGGUGCUACAUGUGUGGAUGGGAAUAUGACACAUACUUGUGCUUGUGCUGAUGGAUAUAGUGGAGUGUCAUGUGAGUCAGAGAUUAAUGAAUGUGAUUCUUCACCUUGCCAAAAUGGCGGGAAUUGCACUGACUUAAUCAAUGGUUACAACUGUGAAUGUGCAGUGGGUUUUACAGGGUUCAAUUGCUCUAUCAACAUCAAUGAUUGUGCGUCUAGUCCCUGUACAAAUGGUGGAGACUGCACCGACUUUUUAAACAGUUACAGUUGCACAUGUUUGUCUGGCUUUACUGGUGAAACAUGCGAGACUGAUAUUGAUGAAUGUGCAUCAAUGCCAUGUCAGAAUUCAGGUUUGUGUAGUGAUUUGCCAGGUGGAUUUAGGUGUCGUUGCCGGUCUGGUUUUACUGGAGACAUUUGUGAGACUGAUUUUGAUGAAUGUGGCUCUAAUCCAUGCAGUAAUGGAGGUACAUGCAAUGACAUGGUGAAUGGUUUUACGUGUAACUGUCUGUCUGGUUUUACGGGAGACAUUUGUGACAUUGACGUUAACGAAUGUGCGUCAAUACCUUGUCAAAAUGAUGGUGUAUGUAGUGACAUAGUGAAUGGCUUUGUGUGUGAGUGUUUGCUGGGUUUUACUGGAGACAUUUGUGACAUUGACGUUAACGAAUGUGCGUCAAUGCCUUGUCAAAAUGAUGGUGUAUGUAGUGAUGUAGUGAAUGGCUUUGUGUGUGAGUGUUUGCCGGGUUUUACUGGAGACACGUGUGAGACAGAUAUUAAUGAAUGUAUCUCAAGACCUUGUCUGAAUGGAGGCUCAUGCAAUGACGAAAUUGAUGGAUUUAUUUGUGAAUGUCAGCCUGGUUUCGAUGGUCUUGUGUGUCAAAAUGAUGUAGACGAGUGUGUUUCACAGCCAUGUCAAAAUGGAGCCACAUGUAAUGACGUCAUCAAUGGCUUUGUGUGUCAGUGCCAGUCUGGAUUUACGGAUGUUAUAUGUGGUACAGACAUUGACGAAUGUGCCUCAAUACCUUGUCAGAAUGAAGGUCUAUGUAGUGACGUAGUGAAUGGCUUUGUGUGUGAGUGUUUGCCAGGUUUUACUGGAGACACGUGUGAGACAGAUAUUGAUGAAUGUAUCUCAAGACCUUGUCUGAAUGAAGGCUUAUGCAGUGACAGAGUCAAUGGAUUUAUUUGUGAAUGUCAGCUUGGUUUUGAUGGUCUUGUGUGUCAAAAUGAUGUAGAGGAGUGUGUUUCACAGCCAUGUCAAAAUGGAGCCACAUGUAAUGACGUCAUCAAUGGCUUUGUGUGUCAGUGCCAGUCUGGAUUUACGGAUGUUAUAUGUGGUACUGACAUUGACGAAUGUGCCUCAAUACCUUGUCAGAAUGAAGGUCUAUGUAGUGACGUAGUGAAUGGCUUUGUGUGUGAGUGUUUGCCAGGUUUUACUGGAGACACGUGUGAGACAGAUAUUGAUGAAUGUAUCUCAAGACCUUGUCUGAAUGAAGGCUUAUGCAGUGACAGAGUCAAUGGAUUUAUUUGUGAAUGUCAGCUUGGUUUUGAUGGUCUUGUGUGUCAAAAUGAUGUAGAGGAGUGUGUUUCACAGCCAUGUCAAAAUGGAGCCACAUGUAAUGACGUCAUCAAUGGCUUUGUGUGUCAGUGCCUGUCUGGAUUUACGGAUGUUAUAUGUGGUACAGACAUUGACGAAUGUGCCUCAAUACCUUGUCAGAAUGAAGGUCUAUGUAGUGACGUAGUGAAUGGCUUUGUGUGUGAGUGUUUGCCAGGUUUUACUGGAGACACGUGUGAGACAGAUAUUGAUGAAUGUAUCUCAAGACCUUGUCUGAAUGAAGGCUUAUGCAGUGACAGAGUCAAUGGAUUUAUUUGUGAAUGUCAGCUUGGUUUUGAUGGUCUUGUGUGUCAAAAUGAUGUAGAUGAGUGUGUUUCACAGCCAUGUCAAAAUGGAGCCACAUGUAAUGACGUCAUCAAUGGCUUUGUGUGUCAGUGCCAGUCUGGAUUUACGGAUGUUAUAUGUGGUACUGACAUUGACGAAUGUGCCUCAAUACCUUGUCAGAAUGAAGGUCUAUGUAGUGACGUAGUGAAUGGCUUUGUGUGUGAGUGUUUGCCAGGUUUUACUGGAGACACAUGUGAGACAGAUAUUGAUGAAUGUAUCUCAAGACCUUGUCUGAAUGAAGGCUUAUGCAGUGACAGAGUCAAUGGAUUUAUUUGUGAAUGUCAGCUUGGUUUUGAUGGUCUUGUGUGUCAAAAUGAUGUAGAGGAGUGUGUUUCACAGCCAUGUCAAAAUGGAGCCACAUGUAAUGACGUCAUCAAUGGCUUUGUGUGUCAGUGCCAGUCUGGAUUUACGGAUGUUAUAUGUGGUACUGACAUUGACGAAUGUGCCUCAAUACCUUGUCAGAAUGAAGGUCUAUGUAGUGACGUAGUGAAUGGCUUUGUGUGUGAGUGUUUGCCAGGUUUUACUGGAGACACGUGUGAGACAGAUAUUGAUGAAUGUAUCUCAAGACCUUGUCUGAAUGAAGGCUUAUGCAGUGACAGAGUCAAUGGAUUUAUUUGUGAAUGUCAGCUUGGUUUUGAUGGUCUUGUGUGUCAAAAUGAUGUAGAGGAGUGUGUUUCACAGCCAUGUCAAAAUGGAGCCACAUGUAAUGACGUCAUCAAUGGCUUUGUGUGUCAGUGCCUGUCUGGAUUUACGGAUGUUAUAUGUGGUACAGACAUUGAUGAAUGUGCCUCAAUACCUUGUCAAAAUGGAGGCACAUGCAAUGAGAGGGUCGAUGGGUUUUUGUGUAGUUGUUUAGUUGGCUUUACUGGUUCAGUUUGUGAGAUCAACAUUAACGAAUGUGACUCAGUGCCUUGUUUGAAUGGCGGUUUUUGCAAUGAUGAGAUCAACGGUUUUGCUUGUGAAUGUCAGCCUGGUUUUAACGGUUUAGUGUGUCAAAGUGAUAUCAAUGAGUGUGCCUCUAGUCCAUGCCAAACUGAAGGCAUCUGUGUUGAUCGAGUUAACAGUUUCAUAUGUGGGUGUGUGGAGGGCUUUACUGGAACUUUAUGUGAAACUAAUAUUGAUGACUGUGCAUCUAGUCCAUGUCAGAACGGUGGACAAUGUAUAGAUGGAAUAACCCGAUACACGUGUCAGUGUAUACCUGGCUUCAUUGGGAUACAUUGUGAGACAAAUGUUAAUGAAUGUGCAUCCAAUCCAUGCCAGAAUGGUGGGCUAUGUAUUGAUCUUAUUAACCAAUAUCAUUUUACCUGCACAUGUGUACCAGGAUUUACGGGAACCUUGUGUCAGACCAAUAUCAACGAGUGUGCCUCUAGUCCAUGCCGAAAUGGAGGCAGCUGUAUAGAUCGAUUUAACCACUUCGUCUGUGAAUGUUUUCCGGGCUUCAUUGGAACUAUAUGUGAAACUAAUAUUGAUGACUGUACAUCUAGUCCGUGUCAGAGCGGUGGACAAUGUAUUGAUGGGAUCAACAGAUAUGAUUGUCAUUGUGCUUCGGGAUAUACUGGCAUCAACUGUCAAACAAACAUUAAUGAAUGUGAAUCCAAUCCUUGCCAGAAUCAAGGGGUGUGCGUGGACCACAUCAAUAGUUUUACCUGCACAUGUGUACCAGGAUUUACGGGAGUCUUGUGUCAGACCAAUAUAGACGAGUGUGGAUCUAAUCCAUGCCAAAAUGGAGGCAGCUGUAUAGAUCAAGGUAACAGGUUUAUCUGUGAAUGUGUGGAGGGCUUCUUUGGAAUCCUUUGUGAAACUAAUAUUGAUGACUGUGCAUCUAGUCCAUGUCAGAAUGGUGGAGGAUGUGUAGACGGAGUGUCACGAUACACAUGCUUUUGUAUUGCUGGCUUUAUUGGGAUACACUGUGAAACAAAUGUUAAUGAAUGUGCAUCCAAUCCAUGCCAGAAUGGUGGACAAUGUCUAAAUCUCAUCAACAGGUAUGAAUGUAACUGUCCUGCAGGAUAUGAUGGCAUAAACUGUCAGAUCAACAUCAAUGAAUGUGCAUUAAACCCGUGUGUUCAAGGCACUUGUACAGACCUUGUAAAUGGUUUCCUAUGCACUUGUUUUGCGGGAUCUACUGGAACCUUGUGUGAUAGUAUUAUCAAUGAAUGUUUAUCUAACCCAUGUCAGAAUGGUGCAACCUGUAUUGAUCGUGUCAACCGGUUCAUUUGUGAGUGUCCAGACGGUUUCUCUGGUACUCUUUGUCAAACCAAUAAUGACGAUUGUGCAUCCAAUCCGUGUCAGAAUGUGUCACGUCCAUUUUACCGGGAGUCAUUGUCAGACGAGUCUGAACGAAUGCGUAUGCAACCCAUGCCAAAACGGCGGAGGUUGCAUCGAUUUGUUUGA